AUGGGUACUGUAAAGACCCAGAUCAUGGUGAACAUUAUCCUUGUUCUAGUCACUCUUCUUUUGUGUGCUGUUACCCCAUUAAUGGCCAAAUCUAACAUAGUAUGGGAAAUGCCUACUAAGGAUAGACCUCUUAUUGUUGGAGUACCGGGUGAAGGGUCUUUUGAUAACUUUGUCAAGAUAACGCAUGAUAACAUUUCGUCAGAGACGUUUUUUAAUGGUUUCUGUAUUGAAGUCUUCCGGGAGGUGUUAAAGACACUUUAUCACAGGAAAUCGUAUCAUCUUCCUGUGGAAUUCAGGAAAUUUGAUGGCUCUUAUAAUGAUCUAGUUGAUCAUCUUGCUAAUGGGGUAAACUUAUUAGCAAUAUUUAUUUGUUUGUUUGUUUGGUUGCAGACAUUCGACGCGAUUGUGGGUGAUUUGACUAUAAAUGCUGAACGAUGGGAUAAGGUGGAAUUCACUGAGCCAUUUACUGAAUCGGGCUUAGUAACUGUAGUUCCAGUAAGGUCUGCAGAUAAAGGUUGGAUCUUUUUCAAGCCAUUCAAAUUGGACAUGUGGUUAGCCACCGGAGGCUUACUGUUGUACACUAUGUUCAUGGUUUGGUUCAUGGAACAUCGAUCAAACCCCGACUUUUCUGGUUCAUGGAAAGACCAGGUGGCUCAUUCACUCUGGUUUGCCUUCACGUCUCUCUUCUUGGCUCACAGGGAGAAGAUAACAAGCAAUUAUACAAGAGUAGUGGUCGUGGUAUGGCUGUUUGUUGCAUUAGUCUUGACUCAGAGCUUCACUGCCAGUCUCACUUCAAUGCUCACUAUCCCACGGCUGAGCUCGAUAGACAUAAACUCACUUGGAAGGAGUAACAAGAGAGUUGGAUGCGAUGAAAAUGAGUUUAUGAACAACUUCUUGAAAGAAACUCUUGGCUACAAAGCUGAGAAUGUUGUGAGCUUGUCCACUGAGGCUGAGUACAUUGAUGCUUUCGAGAAUGGCAGAAUUUCAGCAGCAAUUCUCGAAAUACCAUACGCUAAAGUUUUCGUCAAUAAAAACUGCAACAAAUAUACAAUCACCGGAUCUACCUACAGAUUUGGAGGAUUUGGAUUUGCUUUCCAGAAGGGUUCUCAGUUAGCUAGGAAUGUAUCAAAAGCAAUUCUAGUAAUAUCUGAAAAAGGGACAUUGAAAAGGCUAGAAGAGGAAUUCUUAACAGUACCCUCGUCUCAAUGUUCCUUAGACUUGACAAAUGCGAAAGAUGUAGACGGGUUGAGCCUACAAAACUUCUGGGGUUUGUUCGUGUUCAGCCUUGCCAUUUCGACCACAAGCUUUCUACUGUUCGUUGCUUGCUUGUUGAAGAAUUACUGGAGCCAAAUAUCAUUGGAAAGGAACCUGAACCGGAGUGUUUGGGGCAGGACAAUUAAGCUUGCCCGAUACUUGAGCAAUGCUGAAGUCAGUCCUAGAGCUCCAGAUCCUGGUCAAGAACUCGGGUUGCAGCGAAUGCCCAUUCAUGUUGUAUGAAUGAGUGCCCAUUAAUCUC